AUGAAGACCYUCAUUMUCCUUGCUCUCCUGGGAGCUGCUGUUGCUUUUCCCACUAACGAUGACGAUGACAAGAUUGUUGGGGGCUACACCUGUCAGAAGAACUCCCUGCCCUACCAGGUGUCACUGAAUGUUGGCUACCACAUCUGUGGUGGCUCCCUCAUCAAUUCCCAGUGGGUGGUCUCUGCUGCUCACUGCUACAAGUCCCGGAUACAGGUGCGUCUGGGAGAACACAAYAUUGACGUCGUCGAGGGGAAUGAGCAGUUCAUUCAGGCAGCCAAGAUCAUCCAGCACCCCAGCUAUAAUAAGAACACCCAGGAUAACGACAUCAUGCUGAUCAAACUGAGCUCCCCCGCCACCAUCAACUCUCGAGUGUCUGCUGUCUCCCUGCCGAGAUCCUGUCCAUCUGCUGGGACUCAGUGCCUCGUGUCUGGCUGGGGCAACACUGUGAGCAGUGGAACCAAGUAUCCUUCCCUCCUGCAGUGUCUGAAUGCCCCUGUGCUCUCUGACACUGCUUGCCGCAAUGCCUACCCAGGACAGAUCACUAGCAACAUGUUCUGCCUGGGCUUCCUGGAGGGGGGAAAGGACUCCUGCCAGGGUGACUCUGGUGGCCCCGUGGUCUGCAAUGGUGAACUCCAGGGUGUUGUGUCCUGGGGAUAUGGCUGUGCUCUGAAGGGCAAACCCGGUGUCUACACCAAGGUCUGCAAAUACGUGAAUUGGAUUCAGCAGACAAUUGCUGCCAACUAA